AUGAAGGUGGCCAGUGGCAGCGCCGCGGCCGCCGCGGGCCCCAGCUGCGCGCUGCGGGCCGGCCGGGCGGCGGGCGAGGGCGUGCGCUGCCUGGCGGAGCAGAGCGUGGCCAUCUCCCGCUGCGCCGCCGGGCCCGCCGCGCGCCUGCCCGCGCUGCUGGACGAGCCGCCGGUCAACGUGCUGCUCUACGACAUGAACGGCUGCUACUCGCGCCUCAAGGAGCUGGUGCCCACGCUGCCCCAGAACCGCAAGGUGAGCCGCGUGGAGAUCCUGCAGCACGUCAUCGACUACAUCUGGGACCUGGAGCUGGAGCUCAACUCGGAGUCCCAGGCCGGGAGCCCCGGCGCCCGGGGGCUGCCCGCGCGCGCCCCGCUCAGCACCCUCAACGGCGAGAUGAGCGCCCUGGCCGCCGAGGCGGCGUGUGUCCCCGCGGACGACCGCAUCCUGUGCCGCUGA